AUGAGUACUGAUCCUCUAGCUCCAUCAUCUUUUUCUAAUGAGAAAAUGGGUUCUGAUAAGUCGGAGGAGAGGAGUGACAAGUCCUUCUCAAUAAGAGGUCAAUUUAGAGAAGGAAAGCCCGCAUAUCUUGAUACGAGCUCAACCACGCCAUUAGACCCCCGCGUUCUCGACAAAAUGGCGCCAUUCAUGAUUGGUUCGUAUGGCAAUCCACACAGUCGUACCCAUUCAUUUGGAUGGGAGGCAGAAUCUGCUGUAGAGACUGCAAGAGAGCAGGUUGCGAGCUUGAUUGGAGCUCAAGGCAAAGAAAUAAUCUUCACUAGUGGCGCAACCGAGAGUAACAAUCUUUCCAUCAAAGGGGCAGCCCAUUUCUACAAAAAGAGAGGAAAACAUGUGAUCACAACGCAAACAGAACACAAGUGUGUUUUAGAUUCGUGCAGAUCCUUGGAAAUGGAAGGAUAUGAUGUUACGUACCUUCCGGUGCAAAAGUCGACUGGUCGAGUGGAUAUGGAUGAACUGCAAUCAGCAAUUCGAGACGAUACUGUGUUGAUUAGUGUCAUGGCGGUUAACAACGAAAUCGGUACAUUGCAGCCCCUCGAGGUCAUAGGUGCACUUUGCCGAGACAAAAAGAUUGUCUUCCAUUGCGAUGCAGCACAAAUGGUCGGGAAGUUACCUAUCGACGUUGAUAAGAUGAAGAUUGAUUUGAUGAGCAUGUCCUCUCACAAAAUCUAUGGUCCAAAAGGAAUUGGAGCUCUCUACGUCCGAAGAAGGCCCAGAGUGCGUCUGGAACCAAUUUUUUCUGGUGGUGGUCAAGAACGUGGCCUUCGUUCUGGAACACUUCCACACUUCCUCUGUGUUGGUUUCGGUGCUGCUUGCGACCUUGCUCAAAAGGAAUUUGACUAUGAUCACGAGUGGGUGACAUACUUGUCAAACAAACUGCAAAGAGGAAUUGAAGAGAACAUACCAGAAGUCGUUCGCAAUGGAGAUGCCGAUCACAACUACCCGGGGUGUUUGAAUUACAGUUUUGCGUACGUUGAAGGCGAGAGCUUGUUGAUGGCUUUGAAAAAUAUUGCAGUAAGCUCUGGCUCUGCCUGUACCUCUGCCUCCUUGGAGCCUAGCUAUGUUCUGCGUGCGCUGGGUGUUGAUGAUGAACUUGCACAUAGUAGUUUGCGAUUUGGAGUUGGGAGAUUUACUUCUGAAGAAGAAGUUGACUUCGUCUUGGACUUGCUUCAAAAGCACGUUGAACGGUUGCGGGAAAUGAGCCCAUUGUGGGAAAUGGUUCAGGAAGGUAUCGACCUCAAAGCAAUUCAAUGGACACAGGAUGCCCACCAUUAG